CUCAACUACGGAGAUCAGUUGAGUGUUGAACGUCCUCGUUAACGGUUGGUUGCUUAAACAGCGAGUUUGAACGGGUUGUGGCGGAAAUCGUUGUCGGUCAUCGAGUACAAAAAGAAUACAAGAAAACAGAAAAAAAAGGAAUACUCUACAAAGAAACACUGCCACAAACCUACCGAAGAAGAAUCGAAGAAAAAAAUAAUCCAUUGAAUAUGUGCUGAAAUCUGUUAUUACUUUCAUUGCGAAUUGAAAACGAAAUCGAAUUCUAUUAUUGUCAAUUUUAACGAAUUUUUAAAACUUAAAUAUAAUCCAUCCGAUUCCGCUACCAUGAAACGUAGUAAGUGGAGCUGCAGCUCCACACAACGCUUCAUGAUUUCAUGGACGUUGCUGAGCGCCUUACUGCUGAGCUGUGGACCACAAUGGACGAUGGGUCAUGGUGCAACAACAUUUAUGCCUGCCCUAGAAUGUUACGAUAAAUAUGGUAAACCUCAGAGAUGUAUGCCCGAAUUUAUAAAUGCUGCUUACCAACUGCAAAUUGAGGCGACAAAUACCUGUGGCGAACAGGGCGAUAAUCACUUUUGUGUACAGACCAUGAAUUCGAAUCACAAGAAUUGUGAAUUUUGCAGAUGGGAGGAUCAUAAUCCAUCAUUCUUAACCGAUUUGCACGAUCCACAGAAUCCAACAUGGUGGCAAUCUGAAACAAUGUAUGAGGGCAUUCAACACCCGAAUCAUGUUAAUCUUACCUUGAAUUUGCGUAAAUCAUUUGAUAUCACUUAUGUUCGUCUACUCUUCCGUUCACCUCGUCCCGAAUCGUUUGCCAUUUAUAAGCGUACUUGCGAAACCUGUCCCUGGUUGCCAUAUCAAUACUACAGUGCCACUUGUCGCGACACCUAUGCCCUACCUGACUAUCGUUCCAUACGCAAGGGCGAGGGUGAGGCACAUGCCUUCUGUACCAGUGAGUACAGUGACAUCUCACCGUUGAGAGAUGGUGAAAUUGCUUUCUCUACGUUGGAGGGUCGUCCCAGCAGUAUACACUUUGAACAUAGCUCAGAAUUGCAGGAAUGGGUAACUGCCACCGAUAUACGCAUUACAUUGGAUCGUCUCAAUACAUUCGGUGAUGAACUCUUUGGCGAUGCUCAAGUACUGAAAUCAUAUUUCUAUGCCAUUUCGGAUAUUGCAGUGGGAGCCAGAUGCAAGUGCAAUGGUCACGCCAGCAAAUGCGUUGAAAGCACCGGCAUGAAUGGCGAACGUCGACUGGUUUGUGAAUGUCGUCACAACACCGAUGGUCCAGACUGUGAGAGAUGUUUGCCGUUGUACAAUGAUGUCAAAUGGAAGAUGGCCACAUCCACCGAUGUCAAUGAAUGUAAACCUUGUAACUGCAACGGCUAUGCCGACAAAUGUUUCUUUGACGCCCAUCUUUUCAAUUUGACCGGUCAUGGUGGUCAUUGUUUGGAUUGUCGUGAAAAUCGUGAUGGUGCCAAUUGCGAACGUUGUAAGGAAAACUUCUACAUGCGUGAGGAUAACUAUUGUAUUCACUGUGGUUGUGAUCCAGUCGGUUCCCGAUCGCUGCAAUGUAAUAGCCAAGGCAAAUGCCAGUGUAAACCUGGUGUUACUGGCGACAAAUGCGAUCGUUGCGAUGACAACUAUUAUCAAUUUAGUGCUCAUGGUUGCCAGCCAUGCGGUUGUGAUCCACGUGGCUCACUUGAUAAUAAGCCCUCAUGUGACCCGAAAACAGGUGUUUGCAAUUGCAAGGAUAAUGUGGAAGGAAAACGUUGUAAUGAAUGUAAACCCGGCUUCUUCAAUCUGGAUUUGAGUAAUCGUUUCGGUUGUACACCAUGUUUCUGUUACGGUCACACGUCGGAGUGUCAAACAGCUCCUGGCUACUCCAUUGUUUCGACCACCUCCAAUUUCAACAAACACAAGGAGCGUUGGGGUGCCGUCGACUUGUACAACCAUGAUGUGGACAUCAAAUACAAUCAGUAUAGCCACAGCAUUGGCACCACUGCCCAUGGCAAUGACUAUGUUUACUUUUUGGCGCCCGAUCGUUUCUUGGGAGACCAGAGAGCAUCGUAUAAUCGUGAUUUGAAAUUUAAGUUGCAGUUGGUGGCCCAAAUUGCACCGGAUGCCAGUGCCAGUGAUGUGAUAUUGGAGGGUGGCGGUACAAAGAUUUCCUUACCCAUAUUUGCCCAAAACAAUGGCAUGCCAGAUCAAACUAGCAAGGAGUUUGUUUUCCGUCUCAAUGAGCAUCGUGACUAUCAGUGGCAACCGAGUCAAUCGUCCCGUGGCUUCCUUUCGAUUCUUUCAAACUUGACUGCCAUUAAAAUUCGUGCCACCUACUCCAAACAGGGUGAGGCCAUUCUCGACGAUGUUGAAUUGCAAACAGCUCAUCGUGGCGCCGCUGGCCAGCCUGCCACAUGGAUUGAACAAUGUACUUGCCCCGAGGGUUAUUUGGGUCAAUUCUGUGAAUCUUGUGCCCCUGGAUAUCGCCACAGUCCAGCUAGAGGUGGUCCAUUCAUGCCUUGUAUUCCUUGUGACUGUAAUGGCCAUGCGGAUAUUUGUGACUCCGAGACAGGCCGUUGUAUUUGUCAACACAACACCACCGGAGAUAACUGUGACCAGUGUGCCAAGGGUUAUUAUGGCAAUGCUCUGGGCGGUACCAAAUACGAUUGUAAACGUUGCCCAUGUCCCAACGAUGGAGCUUGCAUGCAAAUUAGUGGAGAUACUGUCAUAUGUACCGAGUGCCCGGUGGGCUACUUUGGCGCCCGAUGUGAACAAUGUUCCGAUGGCUUCUAUGGUGAUCCGACCGGCCUGAGCGGAGUUGUUCAAACCUGUAAGUCUUGUGACUGUAACGGCAAUGUAGAUCCCAAUGCUGUUGGUAAUUGUAAUCGCACCACUGGUGAAUGUCUCAAGUGUAUCCACAACACCGCCGGCAAGUACUGUGACAAAUGUUUGCCCGGUCAUUUCGGUGACCCCUUGGCCUUGCCACAUGGUAAAUGUGAUCGUUGUAGCUGCUACCUUCCUGGCACCGAACAGAACCAAGAUGGCAUAUCCCAAUGUGAUCAGGUCACCGGCCAGUGUCAGUGUAAACCCAAUGUGAUUGGUCGUGAUUGCGGUGAAUGUCAGCCAGGCUUCUUUAACAUCAAGUCCGGCAAUGGUUGUGAGAACUGUAUGUGUGAUCCUGUGGGUAGCUAUAACUCCACUUGCGAUCGUGUUACGGGCCAGUGUUUCUGCAAACCCGGUGUUGUGGGUCUACACUGUGAUCAAUGUGCCGUCUAUCACUACGGAUUCUCCUCGGAAGGUUGCAAGCCAUGUGAGUGUGAUGAGAGCGGUUCAAAGGGCUUCCAAUGCGACCAGAAUGGCCAGUGUCCCUGUAACGACAAUGUUGAGGGUAGACGCUGCGAUCGUUGUAAGGAGAACAAAUACAAUCGCCACUUGGGCUGCAUUGAUUGUCCCGAUUGUUAUAACCUGGUGCAAGAUGCUGCCAACGAGCACCGCGCCAAGCUAGCCAAUCUCAGUUCGACUUUGGAUGAAAUUGCCCGCACACCUGUGACCAAUGACGGUGAGUUCGAAGGCAAAUUGAAGGCUGUACAAGAAAAAGUUGACAUCCUGCUGAUGGAUGCCAAGUAUGGCGUGGGCGAGGGUGGUCGCACGUAUGUCGAAGUUUUGGAUGAUUUGCGCAGUCGUUUGGAAAGUGUCAACUCACAUUUAGAUAAUGCCGAUGCUCUGCAAGAUGCUGCCAACAUUGAAAUCAACAAGGCCAAGCAGAAUCAUACCAACGUCCAGGACAUUAUUGAAGCUGCCAAGAGUGAUUUGAAGAACGCUCUAAAUCUGCUCAAUGAUGAUGGUGCUCAGGCCUUGGCCAAGGCUCGAAAUAAAUCGGUUGAGUUUGGUGUUCAAUCUAAUCAAAUUUCGGAAAUUUCACGCGAGGCUCGUGGUUUGGCUGACCGUUUGGAAUCCGAGGCACAAUUCGAUUUGAAGAAUGCCAAGGAUGCAAAUGAUGCUGUUGAAAAAGCCUACCUCCUGGCCAAGAAUGCCAUUGAUUUGCAACAAAAGGUCAAUGAAGAACUGAGAACCGAUGUUCGUUUGGAAUUGAAUACCGUUAAACAGUCGUUGACCACCGCUGCUCAGACCACCAAAGAAGCUUUGCGCAAAGCCAACGAAGUUUACGAUGCUGCAUUGACGUUGCUAACCGAUGUCAAUGGUUUGGUGGCGCCCAACAUCGACAUAAAGAAACUCAAAGAGGAAGCAUUGCAGGCCAAUUUGUUGGCCGAUGAACUUUUGCGUGAAGUCAAUGAUGUUUCCAAUAGCAAUGGUGAUCUUUUCGGAAAUUUGGAAGAUGAGCUUGCACUCUCCGAUAUUAUGUUGGAAAGGGCUAACCAACAAAAGAGAGAUGACAUUGAAUUGCUGAAGCGGGCCCAGGAUGCUUUUGAAAAGGCCACCAAAGCUGUUGAGCAGGGUGAUAAUACACUAAAGGAGGCCAAUAACACUUACAACACAUUGGCUGGUUUCCAAGCUGAUGUUGAAAGAUCGGCUGCUAAUGCCCAAAUGGCUCUGAAAACGGUUGGCAGCAUUGAACAGGAAAUUCAAAAGGCUGAUGACCUCAUACGUCAGGCUGAAAAUGCAUUGGAUGGCGCCAACAAAAAUGCCAAUGAAGCCAAAAAGAAUGCCCAGGAAGCUCAGCAGAAGUUUGCCGAACAAGCUUCAAAGGAUGCCGAAUUUAUACGACGACGUGCCAACGAAACUAAAGUAAAUGCCCGCAAACUGAGAGAUGAAGCCGAUCAAUUGAAUCAUCGUGUCAAAAUUACCGAAACCGACAUUGCCAGAUUGGAAGAGUCAUCCAGCAAGGAUGAUAAUUUGGUAGAUGAUGCCAAACGAAAGGUGGGUCAAGCUAAGGCCGACACAGAAGAAGCCAAAAAACAAAUUAACAAAGCUGUCAAGGAAUUGGAUGAUAUCAAGGAUGAGUUGAUUAAUUUGAAGGAUAUCAACACAGCUGAUUUAGAUCAAUUAGAAAAACGUUUGGAUGCCGUUGAAGCCGAAGUGGCCCGGGCCAAUUUAACGGGACGUAUUGAGAAAUUCCGUGAAAUGCGUAACAUUCAAAAGAAAUCGAUUGAUAAAUACGAAAAAGAAAUGCAGGAAUUGGUAGCCGAAGUAACGAAUGUCCGUUUGAUAUCUGAGGCAUUGCCUGCCGAGUGCUUCUCAAGAAGUCGAUUGGAACCAUAAAUCUAGCUAUUAUAUUACAUUUCUAACAGCCACACCAUAAAACAAAAACUACAGAACAAACCAUCAUUUUUUUUUAUACUAUCAUAGUUUACAAAAUAAUUUAGUUAAAGAAAUCUUAAUUAAGCUUUAUUAAGAAAUAGUAAUGAUUGUCUUGCA